CAGGACGUGUAAUCGUGGAUAUUUACCUGACAUCGACAUAUUACCUACUGAACACUAGUUAUGAUGAUCAUGGAUCGGCCCCUUGAAAAGAAGAACUCUUUUUCCAUAGAGAAUUUAUCGAAAAGCAGCGUCAACGAUUCCAAGGACGAGGAGAAAAACAUUUACGAGAUGACAGAUCGCGAUGAGGUUCCAUCAUCCCCGGAACGGACUCUGCCGUACUGCCUCAACAUGAUGCAGUUCCAGUUCUCCUUCCCAGAGAACUACAAGCCUGUGUCUGGUAUUGAGUGUGAUCUUGGUCGUCUGCGACCCGAGUUUGAAAAGCCUGUGUCUGGUAUUGAGUGUGAUCUUGGUCGUCUGCGACCCGAGUUUGAACAGAGUGUCUCGCCAGUGCGCAAAGAUGAUGAAAGUUCACAAAGUCGCAACAGAAACCGAUCGGAAGCAGACGAGUCGCAGGACGUCCGCACCAGCACACCGAAAAGCUUCUCGUCCACCUCCUCUGGAUACUCGAGUAUCACGGAAAGAAGUCUCACGCCCACUUCAGACGACGACGCGCACCACGUGGACCGCGACACUGGCAGGAAGAAGAAGGCGAGGACGGCGUUCACCAACUCCCAGAUCCACGCGCUCGAACGACGAUUCCUCGACCAGAAAUAUCUGGCGGCCAGCGAGCGCAGCGACCUGGCGUCCAGUCUAGGACUUACUGACCAGCAGGUUAAAACGUGGUUCCAGAACCGCCGAAUGAAGGAGAAACGACAACACUCGAACUUUAAAGACGACCGCCAGGUUCCUUUCCCGUCAGGGGGCGUGGACAUCGCGCAGCUUCACGCUUUUGGACUUCCGUAUCCGCCUCCACCUGCCGCCGCCAUGCGCGGAUCGUUUCCGGCUUACCUCCAGGGACACGGGAUUCGACCGGAUCUGACGUUGCCGGAAGUUCACGGACUGGCGCGUUCCUUCAUGCCACCAGGAGUUGGUGCCCAUCCCAUGAUGAUGUACCCACCCCCAGCACCAGGAUACGGUUUCUUGCCUCUUCCAGGACACUUAAAUCAACUAGCAAUGCCUAACCUGGGACACUCACAUUCAAUGUUUUCAAAACAUUAA